CUGUAAACAAGUGUGUCACCUGAUUCCUUGACGUUCAUCAUGUGACUAAAUAUAGGCUACAGUUGUUGUAUUUUUGUAGUAAAACAUUCGAAAUCAUACGAUGAGCAAAGGCGUACUUUACAACAAUGCAUUCCUGAUAAAUCUACCUCCUACUUCAGUUUUCAGAUAACAUUUUGUCAGACCAGAGCAUUCUUCAUAGCAAGGAUCUAAAAUUCUAAGCAAAGCACACAGUGUGAAAAGUGAGUUUGGAUACACAAGGCAUAGUAUGGCUAGUCAGGGGAAAAUGGUUGGAGGAAUGGGUGCUAUUAAUCCAGCUACUGAAGAAGUACAGGGCUACAUUGAUGAGGUAAAACUUAAGGUAGAGGAAGCAGUUAAGAGAACUCUUGACACCUACACAGCCACUGUUUACAGUACUCAACUUGUUAAUGGAACCAACUAUUUUGUUAAGGUUGAUGUUGGAGGCAAUAAGUUUGUCCAUGUACGCCUUCACAGGACGUUCGGUGGUGAAGUAACAUUUACAAGCUGUCAGGAUGACAAGACUAAAGAUGAUGAGUUGACGUACUUUUGAAGCCUGGGUCUAGUAGGAUACAGCGAUCACCUGCAUCACUCUAAGAACUUGUCUUUGAACAAUAAUCCCUCACAAAAUUAAACAUCAAAUAUGCCAUUUGUGUGUUACAUUUGAAUAAUAUCCGCUGGUAAAAUGACGUGCUUCAUCACAAGUUACCACUUAAAUUUGAAUUCCUCAGACUAACGAGACAGUUGCUAUGUCACAUGAUUAGGGGCAAGCU